AUGAUUACCGUCCCUAGCUCAGCUGAACCAGGCGAUGUGAUCCGACGCCUUCGUUUUGGUCUAGACUGGACUAGCAUAGCAACUGGAACUAGUAUGACUGAUUCUUGGCAAACCUGGCAGCAACAACACAUUGGUACUUGUAAGUAUGGCUUGCUGGAACUUCCUGACGAAUUCAAUUCAAUUCACCUAGCCAGCACUGGCUCGAGUUCCCUCAGCAUGGAUGAGUUAGGUAAAGAGUUUUUAGAUUAUUUUGGCACUUUGUGA